CACACGUAUUUCCCAGAUAAAAAGAUUUUAAGGUUAGGUUUGUGAGGGAUCUCUGGAGAUCAUCCAGUCAAACCCCUCUGCCAAGGCAGGGUCACCUCGAGCAGAGACACAGGAAGGAUCCACGUUAGCUUGGAAUGUCGGGAGACUCCACCACUCCACUGAGGUUUCCCUUCUGGAAGCACUCCACAGACCCAAGACGCUCCACAGCCCUGGGCGUGCAGAGCCCAUUUUUACCAUCGCGAUCAUUACUACACUGUCUCCACACCGCUUUGCUCCCCGCAGACUCCUUCCCGAGAGCAUGUCCCGGUCCACGAUGGGUCGGCGGAGCACAAUCGGCGCCGUGAGGGCGGCGAGGGGCCAGGCUGAGGGGAGGUCUGCGACGUGCGUGAGCCCCCGGGCACGGCCCCUCAUCGCCUCCCGCCAUUUCCCCGCAGGCAGCGCGCGGCGUCCCAAGAGCGGGAAACCGCGGGGGGUGCUGCCCGUGAGGGCGGGGCGAGUGGCGGUCUCGCGCCGCGCCUCGCUCCCGCGGCACGUGCAGGGCGGGCCGCACUUCCGGCCGGGAGGGCGCUUGUAGGAGGGGCGGGGUCACGCUUGCGCCGUGAGGCCGCGCGCCGGCGGGGCGGCCGCUCCCGGCACAGCGCGCGGCGUCCCCUCGGCCGCCCGGUACUGUGGCUGCUCCUUCCUCCUUUCUCCUCCUCCUCCUUCUUCCUCCUCCUCUUCCCCUUCAGGAGCCGGCAGCGGGCGAAGAGAAGCGGGUUCCGCGGCCGGCAUGUGAAGUGGGGCACCUCCUCGCCGCCGCUUGCGUCCGGUUUCUCCUCGGUUCUUCCUGGGGCUCCGCUCGCCAUGAAGAAGUUUUCUCGCAUGCCCAAGUCCGAGGGGAGCGGCGGCGGCGGCGGCGGCGGCGGCGGGACGGCGUGCGGUGGCUCCGGGAGUGGCGUGGUCCUGGGCAGGGCGCUGGCGGUGGGGCGGUACCAGGUGACCCCCGAGGAGCCGCUUGCCGAAGGUGGCUUCUCAACUGUGUUUCUGGUGCGCACCCCCAGCGGGACCCGCUGCGCGCUGAAGCGAAUGUGUGUGAAUAAUGUGCCAGACCUCAACAUCUGCAAGAGAGAAAUCACCAUUAUGAAGGAGUUAUCUGGGCACAAGAACAUUGUGAGUUAUUUGGACUGUGCUGUCAACUCACUAAGUGCUAACGUGUGGGAGGUGCUCAUCCUCAUGGAGUACUGUCGAGCUGGGCAAAUUGUGAACCAGAUGAACCAGCGCCUGCAGACAGGCUUCACUGAGUCAGAAGUGAUGAGAAUAUUUUGUGAUACCUGUGAAGCUGUUGCCCGGUUGCAUCAGUGCAAAACACCUAUAGUUCACCGGGAUCUGAAGGUGGAGAAUCUGUUGUUAAAUGAUAAUGGGAACUACGUUCUCUGUGACUUUGGCAGUGCCACUAACAAAUACCUGAACCCUCAAAAAGAUGGUGUUAAUGUGGUUGAAGAAGAAAUUAAAAAAUACACUACACUAUCAUACAGAGCUCCUGAGAUGAUCAAUCUGUAUGGAGGAAAGCCAAUUACUACCAAGGCAGAUAUCUGGGCAUUGGGCUGCUUGCUGUAUAAGCUCUGCUUCUUUUCACUUCCAUUUGGAGAAAGUCAGGUUGCCAUUUGCGAUGGAAGCUUUACUAUCCCGGAUGGCUCACAAUUCUCCCACAGUGUUCACUGCUUGAUAAGAUAUAUGCUUGAACCAGAUCAAGAGCAGAGACCUGAUAUCUUUCAAGUAUCUUACUUUGCCUUUAAAAUUGCCAAAAAGGAGUGUCCAGUGUCUAAUAUUAAUAAUUCUCCUGUCCCUUCAACUCUUCCUGAACCCAUGACGGCUAGUGAGGCAGCUGCUAGAAAAAGCCAAAUAAAAGCAAGAAUAACAGAUGCUGUUGGACCAACAGAAACCUCAAUUACACCACGACAAAGACCAAAGGCCAGUUCAAGCAGUGUCCCUUCCAGUGUGCUGGCGAUCCAGAGCUCAGCAACUCCUGUCAAAGUACAAGUUCCUGGGGAAUUUGAUAAUCAUGGGCAAAAAGGAAGCACGAGACCAGGAAACGGACAAGACAUGUCACAGUCCCAAGGGACCACCCCACAGCAGCACAGGGUCCUCCAGCAGCUGCAGCAGGGAGAUUGGAGACUGCAGCAGCUGCACCACUUCCAUCACCAGCCUGCCAUGCAGGAUGCUUAUAUCCAGCAGUAUCACCAAGCAGUGCACCAACAGAUAGUCCAGCAGCAGCUGUUGCUGCAAUCUGUGUACCAGCAGCAGCCUGCCCAGUUACAGUAUCCUGCCAUGGUGCAGCAGUACCAGCAGACUCUCCUGCAGCAGCAGGUGCUGGCUCAGCAGCGGGCACAGCAGGUGCAGUCCCCUGAAUAUAUCACCUCUCCACAAGACCUUGCACCAGCCUUAAUCUCCUACCCCAGGUCACUCCCAGUGCAUAGUGGAACAGUGGCAGAUCCUCCCUACCCUACAAACAGGUCAGGUGUUCCUGAUGCUGAAGCGAUUGCCAAUUACCCGAAGCAGAACAUCAGUAACCCGCCUGAUAUGUCAGGUUGGAACCCAUUUGGAGAGGACAAUUUUUCCAAGUUGACAGAGGAGGAGCUGCUGGACAGAGAGUUUGACCUACUAAGAUCAAACAGGCUGAUGGACAGGAGGGCAUCUCCAGAUAAGAAUGUGGAGCCACAUGCUGCUUCACAGACAAGUGCUCCUGAAGAUCCCUUUGGUUCUGUUCCUUUCAUUUCUCAGCAAGGUUCUCCUGGAAAACAAGUGGAUAACUCAGCCAGUAAUCAAGGAAGUAACUUAGGGACCCCAACAAAGGCUGGAAAACUGAGCCAUGCAUUUAGAGAUCCUCGGGCAGGGAGGAAAAGUGCAGAGGGACAUGUGACAAAAGGUGGUGAGGAGUCAGAGAGUGAUUUUGAAUCUGAUCCUCCUUCUCCCAAGAGCAGUGAGGAAGAAGAACAGGACGAUGAAGAAGUCUUGCAUGGAGAGAAUGGAGACUUCAAUGAUGACGAUACAGAACCAGAGAACUCAGGCCACCGACCUCUCCUCAUGGAUUCUGAGGAAGAGGUGGAAGAAGAGGAGGAAGAAAAGCAGAGCUCUGAUUCUGAUUGUGACCGAACCAAGCAAAAAUGUGUGGGAGGGCUCCUGAGCAAUCGGUUCAGAGAUGGUACGGGUAGCGGUGAAAUCACAGAGCCCAGUUCAGUGCCUAUGUCCCCGCCUGAGGUGCCAAGCACUCCAGUCAACUCUGGCCAAGAAUUUGACGUGUUUGGAGCUGUGCCCUUUUUCACUCUACAACCUCAGGCCACAGCGAAGAUGGACAAAACUGUUUCUUCUCAGGUGGCUUUUCCCUGCCUAAGCCAAGAGCACGAUGAUUUUGAUGUUUUCAUAAAAGCUCCUUUCAGCAAAAAGAUGCCCCAGCAAGAUGGGCAAGGGUCAGGGAUGGAGCCUCUGCUCUCCCCCAGCUCUCCACGGAGUCUGGAUAUCUUUGGUUGCACCCCAUUUCAGCCAUCCCUUCUCCCCAAGUCUGCUGGGAGUAGGGAGGACCUGUUCGGGCUGGUUCCAUUUGAGGAUAUCACAGAGAGCCAACAGCAUCAGAAGGUGAAGCAGCAGCGGAACCUACAGAAACUGUCUUCCCGCCAGAGGCGCAUGAAGCAGGAGGUGUCCAAGAACAAUGGGAAGCGCCAUCACGGCACCCCCACCACCACAAAGAAGGGGUUGAAACCCAGCUACCGCACCCCAGAGCGUGCCCGCCGGCACAGGAAGGCCGGCCGCAGGGACUCCCAGAGCAGCAACGAGUUCCUGACCAUCUCAGACUCCAAGGAGAACAUCAGUGUGGCUGUAUCUGACAGCAAGGAUCGAGCCAACCCUCUACAGACAGACGAUACUCUACUGGAUCCUUUCGGCGCCAAACCCUUCCACCCGCCGGACCUGAUGCGCCAUGCCCAGCACCAGGGCUUUGGGGACAGCCGCGGGGACCAUGGCACAGUAGUCGUGGCUGGCAGGCCAAGGCAGAGCUCCUUGCAUGGGGCCAUUCACGGUGGGGACGGGCUGAAAACAGAUGACUUCGGUGCGGUGCCCUUCACAGAGCUGGUUGUGCAGAGCACACAGAGCCAACCACAGCAGGCACUGGAGUUAGAUCCCUUUGGAGCAGCUCCAUUCCCUUCUAAACAGUAGAGGCUUCCAAUGGGUUUGCCCCACUCCACGUCUCCAAGUCUCUUAAUAAAGAUUUAGUGGCGUAAUUUAUGUGGUUAAAAUGCCAGAGACCUGGGUUGUACAGCUUGUUCAGGCUGAGGAGGCAAUGGCCUGCAUGCAUGAUGGAAUUGCAAAUAACGUCUAAUUCUGAUCUGGGUCUUCUUGAGAAAAAGAAAAAAGAAAUCAGGAAUGUUGUUUCCUUAUGGCAGAUGGCUCACGGAAUGAAAUGAGGAAUAGAUAUGAAUCCCUGUUAAUGACUUGGGGCCCUGGGACAUACUGUCAUUGUGCACUUUGGUGUUGCCUUUCAAUCCCUCUGCCAUGUGCCCCGGUUGAGCGGAACAGGCAGGGAGCACAUGGAAAAUGUUUUCCAUAUGUUCAGGGGGCUGAUGAACUGUGGUGCUUCAUCAUGUCUCAGCACACCUAAGAACAAAGACAUGCUGAUACCCAGAUUAUGUGCUGGAAAUGGCCAAGUCUUUGCUUCCUAGGUGAAAACUACCAUCAUUAAUCAUAAAAAUAAAGCAGCCACAUCCUCAGGGGGCUGUGGCCCAGAAUUCCAGAGCACAGCUAUGGCUUGCAGACAUCUAUACAGCUGCAGAAAUGAAAGGCAGAUUAUUUUUUGUGUGCCUAAAUAGUCAAUUUUAUUUUUCUGAAGUAAGUGCCAUUAAUGUAAAAUAGCAAUCUGGUAAUUUAGAGUCAAAACUAAAGAAGCAGAUAAUUUACUGAUCUGUGAGAAGCCUGAAUGUGUCAGGGAGUGAGACAGCAGGGAUAUGGUUGGGAUUGCAGCACUUAGGAGACUCAUCACACUGGAAGAGAGGCUGUCCUUGAGCACAUAUGGAGUGUUUCAGAUGACUUGCAGAGUUGACUGUGAGGUACAACCAUUGGAUUGAUUUGAUUGCAAAUUGGGAUUUGUGUCUGUUUUCAUCUUGGAUUUUUAUUGCAAAGAAAAUGUGUAUUCUCUCAAACAUGUUGGUUUUUUACCGCAACAGUUUUAUAAAAUGUAACCUAAUGCUCUUCUAAGAUUUGCUAAAUGCACUGUGCUUUGGAGAUGCUUCCUGCCCUGGCUGUGUUCUGGCAGGAGAUGGUGGCUGCUGGACCACUGAGCUGCAUUUCACCCCACACAGCCUUUUGGGCAGGACCCCUGCCCUGCCACCCAGGACCUCAGAAGCUGAGGAACUCCAGGAGGUGCCUCUGGUGAUGGGAGGAGGUAUGAACACUGCUGAGCACAGAGUUUGCUUCCUGUGGUGCAGAAGCUGGUGUUGUGUAGGUGGGACAGCUCCACUGCCUCGCAGCUUGUCCCAAACCAUGGGCACCGUCUGCAGAGACAGUGCCCCUCAGGACAGCCAUGCCUGGUUCCAUGGCCAUCCUUAUGGGGACACGGAAGGAGGUGGUUCCUCAGCUUGUCUCACCUUUCUGUCCUGCUCCACUGGAGGCUGAGUAGGUAGCUGGGUGUUUGCACAUGGAUGACAUAACUGUUUGUGGCCAAGUGUCCCAUGGCCCCCCAUCACAGGUGAAGUGAAAUAUUCAUGGUUGUGAUUUCCCCCCAAUGCCUCCUGCUGGAUAUAGAGAUCUGUGAUCCUGAGAUCUCUGAGGGGCAGGAUUUGGUCCCUUACAAUAUUCACUGAAAACAUUGAAGACAAAUCACAUGACACCUUUGGGAUCAGUUUGAUAAAAUGCCCUCUAGGAUGUAUGUGAGAUUGCUUCCCUUAGCCCAGGAAUCUGAACGUAGCUCAUGGCGAUGGUGUAUUGCCUUCCUCAGUUUAAUUUCUCACAAGGGUGUAUGUGGAAUAUUCCAGCUGUGCCUGCUUCAGUGUGCCUUUUCCAGACUUACAAGUUAAGCCCUUAGGAGAUUGAAGAGAAAUGUUUCAACACAGGACUUUCCAGGCUUUAUUACUGCUCUUCUCACCUGUUUGGUGCCAAAGGCUGCAAGAAGCACAUGCCAGUUUUUGUAGCAUUUCUGACACUCAGGUUAAUGGUCUUUUUCGUUUGUUGUUUUGGUUUUUUGGUGGGGUUUUUUUUUUUUUUUCCCCCUCUGUACAUUCUUAUGAGCUGCCUUUCUCAGUGUCCUUUCUCAGUGUCCUUCAGAGCUGUUACCUGCCUGAAGAGCUCUUGGAACAGAGUUGAAAUGACAAAUGGGGCAGUGGGGUGGACACAAAAUGAGAUUAAAACUGUGGUCAUAAAUGUGGCUGGUCCUCACCAAAGCCACGCUGUUGCUGCCUUCCCAGUGGGAAAGCAACGGGAAGGGUUAACAAUGCACAUGUCACUGGGGCUUGGCUCUAGGGCUUGGGAGAAGUAGGGGCUGUUGGACAUAUUGGGAGAAGGCUGGGCACCAGCAGAUGCAAUGUGGGCAGAAGUGAUCAGGUAAAUUAAAAACAGGAAAUGUGUUCAUGUACUGGUGAUUUACUCCAGGCUGAGAGAGCUGCAGGGGAUUUUGGUAGAGGGUCUGUAUAUAAUUAUAUUGCAGUACAGCAAAGCUGAAGGGAGAGGUAAGGCAAAGGCAACUGCAGACCCCAGUGACUCUAGACCUGGCAUGAGUUAUGGCCCAUGAUAUUUGCCUCCUAGUGGCCUUAACACAAACCUGGUUCUUCAUACUCGAGACACAAUCAGGUUUUUGCUUAAAUGUAACUUUUUAGAGUUAUUUUAUCCUUUCUCAAUGGUCGAUGUGAGAUUGGUGCACCCCACUAAGCUGACUUUGACUGGUGUAUGUAUUUUAUACCAAACUGAAUCCAAGUUUGGGGUUAUUUUCAUCCACUAUUCAAAGGAGGUAAAAUGUGUGACUGUCAGGGAAUGGGAUAUCCUUUGACUUUUUUCAGGGUAUGUGGAGUGCAACAUGACCUUACUUGAAACCAGGAAAGCCCUUGUUGCAGUAGACAUGUAUAUAUUGCCUGUGGUAGCAAGAGGGCAAGGCAAGGGGUUGACACUUCCCUUCCAGACAGAAAUCCCAACGUAUUUUUACAGCUUCUCCUUCAGCAUGCUGAGGGACUGAAACACAGGCCUUCUAGGAUCAGCUGCUGGAGAGAGCGUCUGUCCCAAGGUACUAAGAAGCCCUUAGUGGUUGGGGUCACAGAAAGAAAAACCAGAUAGUUGUGUUUGCAGACUCAAAGGGCCCUGAGGUGUGUAAUUAAUAUAAUUAAUGCUUGGGCUGCCGUUUGUGUGGUGGGGGGCUCUGUGAGCACCAGUGUUGGAGGAAAAACCUUAUAAUCACUCUGGGUGCCCCAGUUAGUAAAACCGAGUACUGUGAAAAUAAGUUGAUAUAUUUGCUACUGUGAGAAUAAGAGUUUAUCUGGAGUUUUUUAUAUUAUAUUGUGUAUUUUUAUAUAUGAGAAGUAUAUAUAAAAUAUACACAUGCUUGCACACAUCACAUACCCCUUGGAGUUGCUGUGGUUUUGGUAACACAGCAGCCACAAUCAUGUUUGUGACUUGAGUGAAUAUGAGUUAAGCACCAAGGUGGCUGCUAUGUUACUGUUCCAUAGUGCUUAGUUUGAAAGGAAAUCUAGGAGAUUGUAUGUAUGCCUAAAAUUGUGACUGAGGCAUCACCUAGUAUUAAAGAGCAUAAAAAUUAAUUUAAAAUUGCUGGCAUUCAGCUUUUAAGUGCACUUGCCUGAACUACACUUCCAUUUCUUGUUAGACUUGGAGUUUCUAAAGCUUUUCUGUGUACUACUAAAGCAAGAACUUUUAACUUUUUUUGUGAAGCUGAUGUGUAUCAUAAGAUCCUUGGAGUUGUUAAAUAAACAAACCUGGUGACAGUGUC